ACAGUCUUAAAUUAAUUACUAGCGAAAUGUCGUUUUUAAAAUUUGUUAUGUUAGUUUCCUUGAUUUUUCCAAUUCAGUCUCAAGAAACUAAAAUAAUCCAAAAAAACAUUUUUCUCGCUCGGCGUAAGCGCUAUUUGACUUUUCCCGAACGUAGCAAUUUUGUGAUAAGUAUGGCUCUCGGUAAACCUUUCAUGAUGCGACAACCUAAAGGCUUUGUGCUUUGUCUGGAAUGCGAUGUUCCUUUCCCUUUGCCGAGUGAUACAAGAUUACAUAAAAGUUUCAAAAGAAAUCAUCACAUUCAAAGGCGAGAACUUUUAGCAAGUUUUGAAAGCAUUUUUGAUAAAUACGAUUUAAAUGGUAAUGCUUGCGUAAAAAGAAUGAUGUGCGAGGCUCAACAAUUCAUCGAUUCUGAAACACGGUCUUUCGUAAGAGAUGUUUUCGAGGCGAUUUUUCGCAAUACUGAGCCUUGCAAUGAGACUAGGUUUCCCAAUUGUACGAUUUCCCUCAUGAAGUAUAUUUUAGGUAGUUUCGAGUUUGAGUAAUUGUAAGCAACCCAAAAUACAGUAUUAUUUAUUUUUGGAAUUUGUGUAUUUUUUCAUCGUUAGUGAGUUUAACAAACGACUGCUAACUUCUUAGACAGAUAACUUGGUGACACUGACGACAAUUUGUUUAUGUUCUAAUCAACACAGAAUUAGUUUGUGACAAUGCAGCUUUUAACGCACAUCUUAAUAUUCUGCUUAAUCACUCUGACUCUCGCCCAGUUUACGAAAAUAACACGAAACAACGUGUUUCUUUCGCGAAAAAAGCGAUACUUGGCGUUUCCCGAAAAGAGCAAUUUCGUGAUAUCGUUUUCUUUGAGCAAACCACUGAUGGAAGCACAACCCAGAGGGUAUAAUCUCGUGUUUGAGUGCGACGUCCCUUUCGCUUUACCAAGUGGUACAACUCCCUUGAAAGAGUUGAAAAAAUUAAAAAAGUCGCGGCAUCGCAUACAAAAACGUGAUAUCCUAUUAAGUUUUGAGAAAGUUUUCAACAAAAGUGGACUGGACGGUAACGCGUGUGUGAAAAGGAUAAUAUGCGAAGCACAAGAAUUUGUAAAUUCGGGUCGAAAUCAUUCUCUCAUUAAAGACAUGUUAAAAGUUUUAUUUUCCGAUUUUGGACCAAAUUAUGUCAAGCCCUGCUAUUACAAGACAUUUUUCGAAUGUCCCCUGCCUUUUAUGGAAUACUUUUUGUCCAGUUUGUCAUAGAAUAAAUGUGUGCGUAAAUACAAACUGUAGUUUUAUUAUUUUUAAUAUACUCAGUGAACCAAUUGAAAGGUUCUACAUGUAAAACAACUGAUGGCCGUGACUAUUUUAUCGCUUUGUGAUGUUAACAUUUAACAUAGAUAAUAAGGACAUUUAUUGAAAGUAGCUUUCAAAAUCAACACCUUGCUACAAGCAACAAAGUUUAUGGUAAUUAAAUUUUUAUCUAAGUACGAACAAUGUAAUUAUUUCAUUAGAAAUGCUUUAGUCCUUCAGACCUUCAAAACUAAAGAUGAAUUUGCUACAUCUGUACAAUUAUUAUGUUACUGAAUGUGGAGACCCUCGAGUCAAAAACUGGUUUUUGGUCCAAACUCCUGUCCCAACCCUUAUUAUCAUUGGAGUAUAUUUUGUACUAAUUUACAAACUUCUUCCACUUUAUAUGCAAAAUAAGGAACCCUUCAAACUCACUAAAAUAAUUUUUUUCUACAACUUAUUCCAAAUAAUAUGUUCGGCGGUUUUGGUCUACAAUGUACUUCCUGUGUCAAGUGCCUCUCGCAUUAAUCAUAAUUGUAAUUCCAGUUUACAACACCAUUAUCUGAUCCUGCAUUUGCUCUAAAGUGUGAUUUUUUUCACCUACAACGACAGUCCAAAAGCACGAAAAAGAUUAAUGUUGAGCUAUUACUUCCACUUAUUAAAAAUUGUUGAACUAUUCGAAA